AUGGAAGAAAAGCCCGAUCUUCUAUUCGGCAUUGAUGUGGGAAUGACCUGCACUGGAGUGUCCUUCGUCAACUUCUUGCAGGGCCCGAGAACAUUGCCUUUCAAGGAAUGGGGCCCGAGAAAAGUCGCCGAUAAAGUCCCCACGCAGCUUCUGUUUCGACAUCCGGACAGCUUCAACGUUAAGCCUCUGAACUGGGGGUUUGAGUGCACCCCGGAGAGGGAUGGCCACCUCAAGACAUUCUUCAAGACCAGCUUCUGCAAUCCAGAAGUGGAUUCCAAGGCACGGGCAGACGCUACAGUCCUAUACAAGCAAUUCCUGAAAUGCCUGUAUGAGAAGCUGGAAGGCCACUUCUCCGGCGGAACGCUGGGGGGCAAGUCGUGGACCAACUGUUGUAUUCACUUCCACUUCAGCGUGCCUACUACCUGGGAUGCUACUUCGAGAUCCGAAUUCGUGGCUAUUGCCAGGCAAGCUGGUUUCGGGAGUAGUAAUCGUUUCACGGUUGAGGCGAGCCUGCCAGAGCCACACGCAGUAGCAGCUUUCACUUUGUCGCAAGAUGAGUUCGUCAAGGAUGGCCAAAGCAUGGUAGUCAUCGAUGCUGGUGGAGGCACAGUGGACCUUGCCUUCUUUAUCGUCGAGAGCUCUGAGCGCAUGCAACUUCCAGGCAAGAAAUGUGGAUCAGCGCUGAUCGACUGGGGUAUUAGAGAGGAAAUCCUUACUCGCCUCGAGUCUAUCAAGCAUAAUCUCGUCCUUCCCGAUAGACUCACAGGGGAGUUAGAUGAUACUACAUUAGAGGACCUCGGAACCACGAUGAUGACCAGCGAGACUAUCCAGUCGAAAAAGAGGGAAAUGACCUCUGACACCCGCGACGACGAAGACUUCUUCUCUAUUGUCAUCCCUCACCUUGACAAGUCAUUCAAUAACUCGGACUUGGGAAUUUUAAAUGGAGAGAUGCGGUUCACUAUAGGCGGAUUGAGAGCGCUCUUUGAUAUAAACAUCAACAAAAUUCUCGACUUGCUAGACCGUAUAGUCAAUGAACCGGUCAAGAGCGGCAGACAACCCGAGGUCAAUCAUAUCUACCUUUCUGGUGGCCUAGGAUGCUCGACAUACGUCUAUGACAGGAUCAAGAGGCACGUUCAAGAUUCCAAUAAUCCCAGGCUUGUCAACACAAAUAUGUGGCAGCCAAUUGAUGGCCAGAUGGUAGUCUGCAUGGGAAUUGUCGAGUUCUUUCGCCAAUCCCUGAACCACGGCAAGAAUAUGCUCUCCCAGCACCACUCUCGCGUCUCUCUCGGGCUCCCAUGUCGGAUCAAGCGCAAUGGAAGCAACGUCGAUUGGCUUGUGAAAGAGGCCAAGCCCUUUUCCAAACUUUCUCAGGACGGAAAGUGGAUUGAAGACUAUGUCCGUUGGUUUGUGCGAAAGAACGACGUUCUAAGAGAUAAAAAUCCUGUCUCUGUGAACUUCAGCACAACCUUUGAUGCCGAUAUUGAACAGAAGAAGCGUGUCGUUCGGUUGGAAAUCAUGAAGACCUUCACUGAGCCAAUUCCGACCUUUUGGUUUCGUAAUGAGCUGAUCCAGUUCCUAGACUCGAACUCGGUAACGCCGACCGCGAACCUCAUUUUGGACCUUUCCGAGGCAUCUCCGAAGAGUCAUCGGAAAAAGAAGCCGUUCAUGGGUAUGGGAAGCAAGAAGGCCCGUGUCAUCAUCGAUUACUGCAUUGAAGCAGAUGUUGGGCUGUCCACAGCGACUUUCAGAUGCCUCAGGCGCGAAGGGGGGAAGAUGCCGCUCACCAAUGCGGCUAUUGACUUGGAAGAUUUCAAGUCUUGA